CGGCCCUCGCUCUACCUUCUCCCAUCAUGAGCCAAGGAAGUUCUGGGGCCUGGGCCCCCCUCGAUCCCACCUCCGGGCCCUCGGCGCCCCCAAACCCAUUCGUUCGCCUCCGGAGGGUUAAGUUCUGUCUCCUGGGGGUACUGCUGGCCCCAAUCCAAGCGCUUCUAGUUUUUAUUGUUCUUCUCUGGCCCUUUGCAUGGCUCCAAAUUACGGGUCUCACUGAAGAGCAGCUUCAGGAAUCAAUUACUGGAUGGAGGAAGACUGCAUGCCACAACGGGGUUCUUGGUCUGAGCCGCCUGCUCUUUUUCCUGCUUUGCUUCAUCCAGAUCCGUGUUCGGUGACAGAGGGCCUCUCUUCUGGAAGCCCCUGUACUGGUCGCUGCCCCCCACUCAACUUUCUUUGACCCAAUUGUUCUACUCCCCUGUGACCUGCCCAAACUUGUGUCUCCAACUGAGAAUCUUUCUGUGCCUGUCAUUGGAGCCCUUCUGCGAUUCAAUCAAGCCAUCCUAGUAUUCUGGCGUGACCCAGCUUCUCACUGCCCAGUGGUUGAGGAGGUCCGAAGGCAGGCUACCUCGGGAGGCAAGUGACCUCAGGUACUAUUUUUCCCCGAAGGCACCUGUUCUAACAAGAAGGCUUUGCUGAAGUUCAAACCCAGAGCCUUCAUCGCAGGGGUGCCUGUGCAGCCUGUCCUCACCUGAUACCCCAAAGGUCUGGACACCACCAACUGGGCACGAAGGGGUCCUGGCGUACUCAAAGUUCUCUGCUCACAGCCCUGCACCAUCGUGGAAGUAGAGUUCUUGCCAGUGUAUCAGCCCAGACCUCAGGAGAGUAAGGACCCCACCCUUUAUGCCAACAAUGUGCAGAGAGUCAUGGCACAGGCCCUGGGCAUUCCAGUCACUGAAUGUGAGUUUGUGGGGAGCUUGCCUGUGAUUGUGGUGGACCAACUGAAGGCAGCAUUGAAGCCACAGCUCUGGGAACUGGAAAAGGUGCUACAGAAGGCUGAGCUGUCCCCUGGUUGUGUGGACAUGGGGGCAGAGCCAGCAGAGUCGUUUGCCCAGCAGCUACAGCUCUCUGAUCCUCAGACAGUGGGUGGUGCCUUCAGCUACUUCCAGCAGGAUGCCAAGGGUUUGGUUGACUUCCAAAAUGUAGCCCUUGCACUAGCAGCCCUGGAUGGAGGCAGGACCCUGGAGGAGCUGAUUCACUUGGCCUUUGAGCUCUUUGCUGAAGAACAAGCAGAAGGACCUGGCCGCCUGCUAUACAGAGACUGCUUCAGCACCAUCUUAUUGCUGGGUUCACCCCGCCCUGCUGCCACGACUUUGCAUGCUGAGUUAUGCCAGCCUGGAGGCAGCCAAGGCCUCUCCCCUUCCCAGAACUUCUCCCUCCAUGACCCUCUGUAUGGAAAGCUUUUCAGUUACCUACCUACGCCCCCGCCCCCCCGCCCCCCGCCCAAGCCUCGAAGCACCUCCCAGAUAUCAAAUGCCUCAUCCCCAAGCAGCCCCCCUGCCCUGGCCAACGGGACUGUGCGAGUCCCCAAGCUUCAGCCCCAUCUCUGUUCCUGA